GGAGGGGCUGUGGGCGCAGGUGGCGGCGGCGCAGCAGCAGCGGGAGGGAGGAGGAGGCGGAGGUGGAGGGCUGGCUGAUUACUGCCUUGUGAUGACGUGUGAGGCGGAUGAGGACUUUUUCAUGACGGAGUAUGCGCAGGACCUGCUGGAGGCAUGCGGCAUCCGCAACACCGCCAAUGACUACUACAAGGUGCCCGCCGCCUCCUCCCCCGCGUGGCGCCAGAAGGUGCGGCAGGCGCUUGCAGCGGGGCUAGCGGGACUGGGCAGCGAGCGGGCGGGGCAGCUGGCAGCGCAGCUCAGGCAGCAGCGCGCGGAGCAGGAGGAGCGGAGGAGGAGGGAGGCGGCGGCGCGGGAAGCGGCGGAGGCGGAGGCGGCCCGGGCGGCUGCGUUGUUUGCGGGUGCAACGGGGCGGAAGAAGAAGGCGGAGGAGGGA